AUGUGUCUAUCUCGAAAGGCUCAGAAGGAAAAGUCAAAAAAAGAUGAGUGGUUUUCGUUAUUACAAUAUCUGAAUGCUAGUAUAAAUGAUUUACCAAUCUCUGAAUCUUUUUUAGAUAACGGAAGUGAAUUUGAUGGAUUUAAUUUAGCUACUGCUGAAGAACUUGGAUGGAAAGUUGAUAAGCCUUCCAAAUUUGCUGUAAAAGGUAAUUCUGAACAUAUUUCUAAAGCACUGGGAUGGUAUACGAAUGUAGCAGUCACUCUAAAAGACAUGAAAGGGAAUCUGAUUAUCACUAUUGUUGGAAAUUAUGCUUGUGUUGACAAUGGUGAGCCUAAGCCAAUGCUAUGGUUAGGAACGACAGGAAUUCGAAAAGUCAAAGGUAUUUCCAAUCUAACUAAAAAUCAGUUCUGCAUAGAGGAUCAUGGAAAAACUUAUAUUAUCCCAACCUUUAGCAAGGCUCCGGUAGUCAAGGAUCCGCCAAAAGAAAAUCAGGAAUCAGCUAAUUCUUCUAAUCCGACUAGUGAGGAAGAUUUAAAAAAAAGUGUAAAGAACUUGAAAAGUGCCUCAUAA